CAAAUAUUUACUUUUCCCCAAACCACUAGAAAGUGACAGCGAGGCAACGUAGAAAUAGAGGUGACUUACAAAAAUACUUCACAUUUUUAAGCUUAAUUUCGACGACUAUUUCAAAAUGUCCAACAAACUUUUGGUAAAGAACGCGAAACAGGUGGUUUUAAUUUGCAACAACGGUGAGAAGUUCCUGACGAAGGAUGGGAUGCAAAGGCUGUGUGUGAUUGAGAACAGUAGUUUGGUUAUCGGGAGGUAAAUUGAUUCAUUGUAUCAUUAAUGUCCGAUUGGGCUGCAGUUUGCAACAUUGUUUAAUGUUCGAUAGUUUGGCUACUAGUUAAUGUUUGUUACAAUUUGGUUAGAACGAGUUGACAGCGGCUGUCAAACUUCGCAGCGUACGGAUUGCCCCAACGUGCUCUGAAAGUUAUGUGAAAGCAAAACUUAAUUUUGGCUAAACUAAACCAAAUGUUAUUCCAUCGCAAACUAUUGAUUACAAGAGCUGUGUUUUUUUUUCGUCCAGCGACGGUCUGAUAAAGGAUAUUGGACCAGCGAGCACCAUUGAUUUCCAAUAUGCAGGGGUCUCGUUUGAUAAAGUCAUCGAUGCAACUGGCAUGUGUGUCAUUCCAGGCAAGUAUCAGUGCAAUACACCACCCUGGACAAUAGGGGGCGGUAGAUCUAGGCACACAGGUGUAAACAUGGUUGUGCUAUCUGGGAUCCUUAACCCUAACCCUUUCCUAAACUUAACCCGUACCAUUUUAAAAUGUCAACUUCAAUGGGGAAGGGACGUCCCAAGGAUCCCGGAUAGCAAGGACCAUGUAAACAUGCAACCUUGGCCACGUUUAUUUGUCAAACGGUGCAGAUAGAAAUGCCAUGAAUAGGGCAGACAUUAUUCUACAUGUCAGAGCACAGGAGGUUGGUGGCACAUUAAUUGGGGAGAACGGGCUUGUGGUAAUGGCUGGAGCGGAAUCAGUGGAAUGGUAUCAAACACAUGAUUUUACAUUUUUAGUCAUUUAGCAGACGCUCUUAUCCAGAGCGACUUACAGGAGCAAUUAGGGUUAAGUGCCUUGCUCAAGGGCACAUCGACAGAUUUUUCACCUAGUCGGCUCGGGGAUUAGAACCAGCGACCUUUCGGUUACUGGCACAACGCUCUUACCCACUAAGCUACCUGCCGCCCAUGGUUUCCAGGUGUUCGAUGCCAUUCCAUUUGCUCUGUUCUGGCCAUUUAUUAUGAGCCGUUCUCCACUCAGCAGCCUCCUGUGUGUCACAGAGCCAUGUUUGGUCUACAAAGCAUAUUUUUAUUUGAACGUUCCAAAACGUUAGGUCCUGCCGAAUGCUCCCCUGUUCUAUUGAUACAAAUAUUUGAAACAUUGAUAUAGUGUUCUAGCAUGUAGAGAAUGAGGUUUUACAGAAAUACAGCUGUGCUCAUUGAUUAUUGUGUUUCAGGAUUGGUUGAUGCACACACCCACCCCGUAUGGGCUGGAGACAGGGUGCAUGAAUUUGCCAUGAAGGUAAAUAUGACUUCCAUGGGUCCCAUCCCCUCUCUGCCUCAACAGAUUGUAAUCUGACUCACCUUUUGGAGUAAAAGUAAAGGUUUGUAGGGCUUCGUUUACACAAGCAGCCCAAUUCUGAUAUUUUUUCCACUAAUUGGUCUUUUGACCAAUCACAUCAGAUCGUUUCACACAAGCUAUUUUUCAGAGCUGAUCUGAUUGAUUGUUCAAAAGACCAAUUAGUGAAAAAAUAUCAGAAUUGGGCUGCCUGUCAAAAUGCAGCCUAGGUAAUGCUGUGUGUGCCUACAGUUGGCCGGUGCCACCUACAUGGAUGUGCACCGUGCCGGAGGAGGGAUCCACUUCACAGUGGAGCACACCCGGGCUGCUCUUGCCUCCACCCUGCUGGCCUCUCUGACAGGCAGGCUGGGUCGGAUGCAGCGGGCAGGCACCACCCUGGUGGAGUGUAAGAGUGGCUACGGCCUGGAGCUGCAGACAGAGCUGAAGAUGCUGGAGGUCAUCGAGACGGCCAGACGUACCCUGCCAAUCAAUAUAUCGUCUACCUACUGUGGAGCACACGCAGUCCCUAAGUACUGAACACACACACUCUACACCAUGCUGUUGAACACACCCCCCCAUACUCCUGAACAGACCCACCUCACAUCCACCCCGUCAUGACCACUGUGUUACAUUCACCCGUACAGCUAACCCUACUGACUUUCAUCCUCACUAGGUGUUAUUAAAUACCCACCCCUUCUGAUUCUUUCCCAGGGGUAAGACUGUUGCCGAGGCGACAACAGACAUCCUUCAGGUCCAGUUGCCACAGCUGCGUGAGCGUAUGUCAGCUUGGGGCCCUGAGGGUGGACAACAUAGAUGUGUUCUGUGAGCAGGGUGUGUUUGACCUGGCCUCCACAUGCUCCAUCCUGCAGGCCGGCCUGGACAUGGGCCUCAACAUCAACUUCCACGGAGACGAGCUGCACCCCAUGAACUCUGCACAGGUACGCAUCAUCAACCUGCGCCUCUCUACUGUCACUGUGGUAACAACAGCUGGUUUAGUACCAGUACGUAUUAUUUAAGUGUCUAUGGUACUGUCCAUCUCACUUAACCAUUCCUGUAUUGUGUGUGUGUGUGUUUUUCUCUGGUGGUGCUAGCUGGGGGCAGAGCUCGGUGCCUUGGCUAUCAGUCACCUGGAGGAGGUGACAGAUGAGGGCAUCGCUGCCAUGGCGACAGCUAAGACCGCUGCCGUCCUGCUCCCAACCACUGCCUACAUCCUGCGGUUACCCCAGCCGCGGGCCCGAGACAUGCUGGAUGCUGGGGUCAUUGUUGCCCUGGGCAGUGACUUCAACCCUAAUGCCUACUGUUGCUCUAUGGUGGGUGAUUGGAGGUGGUAGGAGUAGGGAAGUUAGGGAGGGAAAGAUGGAGGGGGCUGUGGGGGUAAGGUCAAUGAGUUAGUGGGAAUAGAAGGCAAAAAGCCUCUGUAGCGAUCCCUCUGUCAUCAUCUCUUGAUCCCUGUCUGUCUAUCCCAGCCGGUGGUGAUGCACCUGGCGUGUGUCAACAUGAGGAUGUCCAUGCCCGAGGCUCUGGCCGCCGCCACCAUCAACGCAGCCUACGCCCUGGGAUGCUCUCACACGCACGGCUCCCUGGAGGUCAACAAACACGCCGACCUGCUGGUCCUCAACGCACCACGGUAAAGUUGCUGUCAAUGAAUACUACUAUAUUCUAAGAGCUGGCUUCAUUUAAUGGUUAGACACCACAGUGUAUGUUCCAGUUGACAGUUAACCUUUCAGCAGCUAGAUUACUUAUCUUGUAAUUGUGGUGAGGACUGUGUAUGGCAUUGUCUAAAAUGCAGUAGCUGUGUGAAUGGAAUCGAUUGGGUUGUGUGAGUGAGACUGCCUAAGGUUGUGUUGAUUGUGUGAGUGAGACUGCCUAAGGUUGUGUUGAUUGUGUGAGUGUGGCUGACACUUUAGUGUAGAUGUGUGUGUGUGUGGACUGACAGUGUUGUGUUGAUGGUGUUGUCCGGCAGGUGGGAGCAUCUCAUCUACCAGUUAGGAGGACACCAGGAACUGAUUCGCUACGUUGUCAUCAGGGGCAACGUCGUCUAUAACAACGACAAAACCAUGGACUUCUAACUCCAAAAUUGGGUUUGGAUAACUGACGUUCUUCCCCCAGGCAUAGUCACACACGGCCCUGUGGCCUUUGGACAGGGCUGUGUGUGUCUAUAAAUGGACACAGCUCACAGUCAAGGAUUUGUAAAUGGACAGUUAAUAUUAACCUGAUAUUCUAUGUCUUGGUCAGUGGGGUAUGUGAGUAUGUGCUUUAAACCAUGUGGUAACAUUUGAGUAUGGGCUUUGAACCAUUGUUUCUGCAAUCUCCAAAUGACUGUAGAGUUGGGUAGGGUUAAUAUCCAGGAAGUGUUGGUUAAAAAGAACGUGAUUAAAUGUUGUGCCUUUUUCUUACCAUAAACAAAAGUCUCCAUUCUUGCUCUGUCAUCUAUUUGCCCCAAUUUAGGUUGGAGACCUUCUGACCCUUGGUUCCUCUCUUUCAUGCUCUGUUAAUCUUUCGCCCUUCAGCUCUACACCCCUCCCCUUCUUGUCUCUCUCUGAGGUUGUAGGAGAGUUAGGAAAGCUAACACAGGCGAGGUGAGUGAAUCAUUUCAGUAGUUAUUGAAUCAUUAGUGAGGAAGCUCAGCCUGUAGUCCCAUACAGCUGUUCUAUCUGCCAACUCAACUGAUCAAGGAUACCAGUAGUGUUGCAAAGGGACUGUGCUCAGUGU